AUUCAUCUUGGAAUUGUUGGUGAGAAGAAUGAGUUGGAAUGGAGAAGGACGGUCAUCUAAGACUCACCAAGUUCUUAAUGACCCAAAAAGAAUAACUUUGAUAGGAGUUGGAAGACUAGGAUUAUGUUUGGCGCUCGUUGCUGAAAGAGCGGGCUACAAAGUGUUGGGUGUAGAUGUACUUCCACAAUAUGUUGAGAAAAUAAAUGACAAAACAUUGGUGUCUUCAGAACCUUUCGUUACUGAGUAUUUGAAGGCAAGCAAGAAUUUUCGCGCUACUACUAGUGUCAAAGAAGCUCUACAAUUUGCUGACGUAAUUAUGGUGUUGGUAGCUACUCCAAGUACAGGUGGUGAUAGACACUAUGAUGUUACUCAAGUAUCAAGAGUAUUGACAGAUAUGAACAACUACCGAAUAGAGAACAAACAUGUAGUUAUUUGUUGUACUGUUUUGCCAGGAUAUAUCGCAACUAUUGGAAGAGAACUUUUGAAGGAUUGUAAAAACACGAGCCUUUCAUACAAUCCAGAGUUUAUUGCUCAAGGAGAUAUUAUUCGAGGGUUGGAAAGACCCGAUAUCGUCUUGAUUGGUGAAGGUUCCAAAGAAGCUGGAGAUUUUGUUGAAACUCUUUGGUCUGAUUUUACGUAUAAUGAACCUAAAAUUUGUCGAAUGUCUCCUGAAAGUGCUGAAAUUGCCAAAUUAUCUCUCAAUUGCUUUGUAACAAUGAAAAUCUCCUUUGCCAACCAGAUUGGAGAUAUAGCAGACCGUACUCCAAAUGCAGACAAAUAUGCCAUAUUAGCUGCAAUUGGUAGUGAUACUCGUGUUGGUACGAAAUGUUUAGGAUGGGGUUAUGGCUUUGGAGGACCCUGUUUCCCUCGAGACAAUCGAGCACUUGCAGGAUAUGCAGAAUCAGUUGGCAUUCAUCCUGCUUUAGCCUUUGCUACUGAUGACUAUAACAAACUUCAUGCAGAUAUUAUGGCCCAAGAGUUAUUAGAAGAGGAUAGAGAAGAAUAUAUUUUCGAGAAUGUGACGUUUAAGGAACCAUGUGCUGUGCCUAUUAUAGAGGAAAGUCAAAAACUAUUGGUUGCUAGGAAAGUGGUGAGUUAUAUUCACAUUUUUAUCAUUCUCACGACUAAAUUGGAAGUGAAGGCUAAGAAAGGCAAAAAAGUGAUUAUUCGUGAUAGACCUGAUGUUAUCGAAGCAUGUCGACAGGAGUUUGGAAGUCUUUUUAUAUAUCGAAGCAAAGACUCUCCAUUGGAUUCACAUUCUUCUUCCAAUCAUAAUCAGAAAGUGAAUCCUCCUUCUUCUUUUUCUACCGGAGAUGUUUUUCGUGAUGCGGCACUCGCAACAGUCGAUAGAAGACAUGGUGGAUUACUUUCCACUUCAGAAUUGGAGAAGAAAUAAAUUGUUGUUUUGGCCAAAGCGGAGGUUGUGAUGACGAGUGGCUUUUUGACAACUUUCAAUCUUUUUCCUCUGAGAACAAGUCUUACUUUUCAGCGUUUGCGUAAAUAUUCUUGUCUUGUUGUUUCCCAUUCUUGGAUUCGUUGCUGUUCUCAUCGGAGUGCACAACAAACCAAGAAGGCUUCAUCAGAAAUAUUUUCCAAGUGGCUCGACUGGUUCCACGGAGACUUUGACAACUUUGAACAAGUAGUUGAAGAGAGAAACCAAAGAAUCUUUCCAAGAGAAGGAGGAGGGCACGAACACAUACAUUGUUUUGUUGAGCCGUUAUUCUGUAAACCCGAUGGUCGUGUUUUGUUAUUCGCCAAAUAUUAUUUUAAUGGCAAUCCAGAUAUUGUUUUUCGUUUCCGUGUUUAUGAAGCCUUUCCAAGUGUUUCUCCUUACAAUUCCGAUGAAAUGGUCCUGGAAAUGAAAAUCUUGCGAUUCUAUGAAGAAGCAGCUAAACGUUUGAAGGAGAUGAACUUUAAUAUUUCUCUAUUGGAUUUGUCCAGCGAUAUGUAUGAGUAUUUGGUUGGAU